AUGGAGAUUCUACUGCCAUGGAAUCGGAUGCCGGAAAAAGAUAUUUACGGCGAUCCAUGGGAAGUUCUUCAAGACGUUCAUUGGGAAGAUUUUCAUUCCGAAAAGAAAUUCAAGCACGUCACGUACGUUUUUACCAAAUUAUCACGAGUUAACGAUAAGACUCGUAUCGCUAGAAGAACAAAAUCGGGUACUUGGAAGGGACAAACGAGUGGCAAAGAGAUUUACGAUGAGUCAUCGGGAAAUUUAAUCGGCUUGUCCAAGAUGUUCACUUUUUACGAGAAUAAACCUAAAGGCAGUAGCGGCGAAGAAGAAGAAGAACACGGUCACUGGAUUAUGCACGAGUUUUCAUUGGCCGGGGUUUGUUUGAAUUUUGAGUUGAAGAUUAAAGAUUAUGCCAUUUGUAGAAUCACUCGGAUCUUUCCAAAGGAAAACGAAAAGGAAAAGACGAAGAAGCAGCCAAAAAUUAUUGUUCCACAAGAACUAAACCCUGUUUUAGACGAAGAAGACCAAUUACUCGCCGAUGAACUCCAACAAGCUAUGUAUUCAGACGAACAAAUUAUAGUUCCACAAGAACAAAACCCUAUUACAGACGAAGACAACCAAUUACUUGAGGAUGAAAUCGAACGAGCUGUGUAUUCAGACGAAGAACGAUUAUUAGGAAUGCCGAACAUUGGCAAGAAAAGAUUAGCAGAAGACGAAGGAAUUGAAGAAGAUCGUGAUGCGUUUUCCAAGAUGCAGAAGAUUGAUUUGGAUAAUAUAGAGUUCGAUAUCGAUAUCGAUGACAUUAUGUUGAAAGAUUUAGGAUGGAGUUAGGAGAAAUUAUUCAAUGCAGCUUGAUAUUUUUUCUCGGCCAUUAUUAUCCGGUCUCUACUGUAAGGA